UCUCUAACACACACACACACACACACACACACACACUUGGAUUAGGUGUUAUUCAACGAUUAUAUAUUCUUAAUUAUAUUUUGUUCACAUGUGUUUGAUUUUGAUAACUAAGAGCCGAUCGAUUACAUCUAAGGCUAAGAAACCGCAAAUUCAACCCUCAGAUCUUUAUCCCAAAUAAAUUUGCCCUUCACCUCUCAUCUCACCGCGGUAGAGAGACACAAGUGAUGGCUACAUUACUACUGGCACUUACUAUAUUAUCUUUGGUUGUGGCCGGAAUCGAAGCAGGCGAAAGCGUAACCAUUACCCUAUUGGACUCCGCUGUUGCCAAAGGAGCUGUGUGUCUAGACGGCACCCCUCCGGCCUAUGCUUAUAGCCCAGGGUUCGGAGACGGAGUCGACAACUGGCACGUAUUCCUAGAGGGUGGUGGGUGGUGUCUGGAUGUAGAUGACUGCCUUGAUAGAACCAAAUAUCGUACGGGAAGUAGUGCUAAGCUUAUGUCGGAGGUGCAGAAUGGUGUCAUAUCCUUUGGAGGGAUGCUCGAUGCCAAUUCCACCUUGAAUCCUAAUUUCUACAAUUGGCACGUGGUCAUAAUCUUCUAUUGUGACGGCUCAUCUUUCAUGUCCGAUGUUGAGGCCGUAGACCCUAAGCACAACCUGACUUAUAGAGGUGCGAGAAUAUAUGAUGCCAUGAUGGAUGAGCUCCUACGAAUCGGAAUGGGAAAUGCUAAAAAUGCUUUAUUGUCAGGCAGUUCGGCAGGUGGAUUAUCCACUAUUUUACAUUGUGAUAAAUUUCAAUCGUUGUUUCAUAACACAACUAAAGUGAAGUGCGUAUCUGAUUCAGGCUUUUUCAUUCAUGGAGAGCAUUUUAUAGGAGCUGAUUGGAGAGAAUCUUCCUUCUCUAGAGUGGUAUCAACACAUGGUUUGACGAAUAUGUUGCCCACAUCGUGCACAUCCAAAUUUAGCCCAACUUUGUGUUUAUUUCCUGAAAAUUUGGUCCCAGAUAUCCAAACUCCACUAUUUUUAAUUGAAUCAGCAUUUGACUUAUAUCAGAUAGGAUCGAAUUUGUACUCUCCGGGUGAUAGAAGCCCGAGAUGGGUCAGUUGCCUCCAAAACUUGAUGUUUUGCAAUUCGACUGAGAUAGAAAUCAUGAAAGAUUUUAGGUUCACAUUCAUAAAUACGCUUAAAAAUACAAUUGCAAAUAGCUCUUCAAGGAGAGGCUAUUAUGUACAUAGUUGCUGGCGACAUACGCAUAUAUUAUCCCCACGCGGUUCGAUAUGCUCAUUGUUUGUUGGACAUGGACUUGCUGACAAAAAUAUAGCAGAAGCCGUGGGAGACUGGUAUUUCGACCGGAGCGAGUUCCAGGAGAUGGACAUGGUCAACAACUUGCCACUGAACUGCACUGGCGACGACCAACCUACUUUGUUGAAAAAGUGCAUGGAUUAUUAUAUUCAACAUCAGAUGCCAUGAAUUGAUAGCAUGUGAAUUUGAAUUUCUAUUUUUAAUUAUGAAUAAAGGGUUAAAGUUUUCAAUUAAA